AAUCCUGAUGCUGCAGAAGCAAAAUAUCUUCUUCCUGCCAUACAGAACAUUCAGAAUGCGAUUACAGCAACCAAUCUACAAGGACAAAUCAAAGUGUCAACAGCAAUAGAUACAACUCUUUUGGGAACUACCUUCCCUCCUUCAAAUGGGGCAUUCAGCGAUCCUGCGAAUUCAUUCAUUACCCCGAUUAUCACCUUUUUAGGCAACAAUGGAGCACCACUUCUUGCCAAUGUAUACCCCUACUUUGCCUAUAUCGGUAACCCUAUUGACAUAAAACUAGAAUAUGCCUUGUUUACAUCACCAGGGGUAGUGGUACAGGAUGGUAGUAAUGGGUACCAGAACAUCUUUGAUGCUUGGUUGGAUGCUCUAUACUCUGCUCUUGAAAAAGCAGGGGCACCCAACAUGGCUAUAGUUGUAUCCGAGAGCGGUUGGCCAUCUGAAGGUGGUGAUGCUGCAACUACUGGUAAUGCAGGAACAUACUACAGCAAGUUGAUCAAUCAUGUGAAGACCGGGACUCCGAAGAGGCCUAAUGGAGCUAUUGAAACUUAUCUGUUUGCCAUGUUUGAUGAAAACCUCAAGGAUGGUGCAGCAGUUGAGAAACAUUUUGGUAUCUUCUCCCCUAACAAGCAGCCUAAGUACCAACUCACCUUUGGUUAG